UUGUAAUGAUUGUGUAACUUCUUGCUCAAAAUAUUUAUCGUUUAUAUGAAUAUUGUUAUUUAAACUACGUUUACAAUGAUAUUCAACUUUUGCGAACUAUUUAAAUUGGUCAGUACAUAGGUUAUAUCAACGUUCGUGUGCCCAGCUCGGGCUCGGGCUCGGAUGAGCGAUAUUGCGAUCUUUCAAUAUCCAUGAUUUCAGUAAUUGUUACAUUUAAACAACUGAUUUUAUAUGGCUAUUGCGAUCGCAACUAAGUCUACGUUCAAACGGAGAUCAUUGGUUUCACAUAUUGCUUCCAAGUUACUACUAUUGAUGUGAUGGCACGAUUCCGAUUGGUGAAAGGAAAGAAAAUGGAUUCCUGGCUUAAACAAACCAUAUUAUCAGACAAUCAGGAUUUAUCAACCGUUUGCUUCAAGUUGCUCAGCUGGUUGGAUACCGACUUUUGUGGCACAAUGACGUAUAAACAUAUUGAAACAAUCCUUACCAGUGCUAUGUUCGUUGAUAUCAUAUUCGAAAUGAUGGGAGAAGAAUUAACAAAGGAUUUAAUGGAGAAAUAUGCGCACCACAGACUAUUUUUAAAAGAUCAUUUUAAAAGAAUAAGUGAAGUUGGGGUAUCUUUACAAUCAGCUGCUAAUAUUUUAGCAACUCCUGAUGGCUAUAAAUAUAUUUUUACGGUGGAAAACUUACUAAAGUAUUUGCUAACUGAUGUUAACUUGAUUUAUAAUAAUUCUAUGGGGUCAUCAAAAAAUAUAAGUACUGAUAAUUCGAAGUACAAAAUGCAUUUAAUAGUUCAAAGAAUCUUCCAGUUGCCACCCAAGAAUAUUGAUAUUUCGGUGGAUAGAUUGUUAUCUCAUUGUGAUUUUUCCCUAAUUGGACAUAUUUUUUUGGAAGAAACAAAUAACCUACAUAUUAGCAAAUAUAAGAUUUUAGAAUAUAAAAUUUGUACGAAAAUUGCCAACGGAAAUAUAAGUCCAUCUUUUAUAAAAUCGAUGUAUGUAACAGCUUCAAGUUCAUUAAAAGGGAACACUUUUUUAAAAUCGUGCCUUAGAAAUGAUGUUUUCGGCACUAGUUUGAUAGAAUUUUUCAUGCUAUUUUUUGCAACCAUUGAAAGAGAAGGAUAUAAUACGGCAGUAAAUUCCCAGCAUAAUUUAUCUGACAUAAUUUUUUUAGUGCAUUGUGCCCUGUGUUCAAACACACCUUCUAUUUCUCAAUUGAAUAAUACAAUACGUACUAACGAAACCGUUGCAAAACUUAUAAAAAAAUCUUUUUUCAUUUAUUAUUAGUAUUAUAGUUUAGUAUAAAUAUAUGAGUAUAUGUAAACAAAUAUUUUAAAUUCCAAUAAAAGUAAACUAAAUAGUACGAGAAAGGGGUAAAAAGGAAAAUAUCUACAAAUCGAUAAGAUAUGGUUAUUUAUUUCCCUAUCCAUAUGGAAUUUUCUAUACAUAUAUCAAAUAUAAUGACUUUCGGUAGUCUAGUUAAUCUUAAAACAUAACCCUGUUUGAAUCGGUAAGAUUUAGGUUUUGUCAUUACUGGAGUAACUCUUAGUAGUAUAGUUGCUGGUAUUAAAUUCAACGCUGGGCCUCCGUUAGGUGCACUAGACGGGGCCAUUUUAUAACCCUAUUUUGGCUUUCAAUUCCUCUCGGUGGAAUUGAAGAUAGAGCAGAGAACGUAUAAUAUAGAGAAGGUUCAACUACGGACAAGCGUAUGAACUGUCAAGAGCCAUG